UUGGAAUGACCUGGGAGAUAAAUAUAAUAGCAUGGAAGAUGCAAAGGUUUAUGUUGCAAAGGUGGAUUGCACAGCAGAUACUGAAGUGUGCUCUGCACAGGGUGUUAGAGGAUAUCCCACCUUAAAGUUUUUUAAACCAGGCCAAGAGGCUGUGAAAUAUCAGGGUCCCAGAGAUUUCCAGACUUUGGAAAACUGGAUGCUGCAGACACUAAAUGAAGAGCCAGCUAUACCAGAGCCUGAACCUGAAUUGCCAACAGCCCCAGAACUCAAACAGGGACUGUAUGAGCUCUCAGCAGCCAACUUCAAACUACAUAUUGCAGAAGGCAAUCACUUUAUCAAAUUCUUUGCCCCGUGGUGUGGCCAUUGUAAGGCCUUGGCUCCAACUUGGGAACAACUGGCUUCAAGUCUUGAACAUACAGGAACUGUCAAGAUUGGCAAGGUUGACUGUACCCAGCAUUAUGAGCUCUGCUCUGGAAAUCAAGUACGGGGCUAUCCCACACUUCUGUGGUUUAAGAAUGGCGAAAAGACUGACCAGUACAAAGGAAAGCGGGAUUUGGAUUCACUGAAAGAAUAUGUAGAGUUGCAGCUACAGACUGUUGCAGGGGAAGUCUCAGAAACGAUUGAAACUUCUGAAGCCCCAGAACUUGCUGUAGAACCUGCUACUGAAAGAGGUGCUGUGCUAUCUCUCUCUGAAGAGGACUUUGAUGACACAGUUGCUGAAGGAAUAACUUUUGUCAAGUUUUAUGCUCCAUGGUGUGGUCACUGUAAGAAUCUGGCUCCCACCUGGGAGAACCUCUCCAAAAAGGAAUUCCCUGGCUUGUCAGGGGUCAAGAUAGCAAAAGUAGAUUGUACUGUCGAACGAGCUAUUUGCAAUAAAUAUUCGGUACAAGGCUACCCCACAUUGCUGUUCUUCCGUGGAGGAGAAAAAGUUGGUGAACACAAUGGAGCUAGAGACCUCGAAACAUUACACAGCUUUGUUUUGCGACAGGCAAAAGAUGAACUGUAGGAUCUCCCUUGGGAGUUAUUUCCCUGACUGUUCUCCUAUGCCCAAUUCAUAGGAGUUAAUUCAUGCUAAUGUUGCUGAAUCUCAAAGGGUGGUUAUUUGGGAAACUGAAUGUACUAAAUUUGUGAUAUCUUA